GCUGUAGCAGCCAUUCGUAGUACUGGAAAGUUUCUGAAGGUUUUGUUGUGUUCUGGCUUUAGUUGAGAAGUGAAAAUAAUAAGUUUUGCCUUUAUCAAGAUUCUGACCUAUUAUAUUGUGGAGAAAACUCGGAACGUGUUUUUAAAACAAGUGCAGUAAUGCAGUGACAGAUUUCUCUUAAACCAACGUCUUUUUCACGUUGAUUUACUUAAACGUUAUAGUUACAGUGGUAACUAGGGCAGAAAGAAAGAAGUUUCUCCUGGUUCAAAACUUAGUUGAUCGCGAUCGGAUAGCUAACAAAGCCCUAUAGUGUCAAUGUUGUUUUGCAGGAAGUAGAUACUUAAAAAUGGUGCAGAUUCGUGUUCAAGGGGAAACGAUUGGGGCAUUCCCUGUCUCAGAUCUUCCUCUGCCAAUAGUUGAAACUGUAGAUGCAGCUACUCCUAGUGCCGUCUCAGAUCUUGUAGAAGUUGUUUCCACUUCACGAUUGAGGAGGAGUAGACAGUCUGCUAGCUUAUUACCAGUUCCCAGACCCAUCCCGACAAAUGAGACAAUCAGUCCUAUUCUAGCACCUCAACUCUCAGCAAAACCGUAUGAUUACCUGCUAAAAUUCCUCUUAGUGGGAGACUCUGAUGUGGGAAAGCAAGAAAUACUCAGCACAUUAGAAAAUGCAGCUUCAGACAUGCCUUUUUGUGCUGGACCAGUGCACAAAGUUACCACAUUGCUAGUAGACGGUAGGAGAGUUCGUCUUCAGUUGUGGGAUACAUCCGGACAGGGACGGUUUUGCACAAUAUUGCGAUCCUACUCUCGAGGUGCCCAGGGUCUCCUUCUGGUCUAUGACUUGACCAACAAAUGGUCUUUCGAUGGAAUUGACCGCUGGCGAAGAGAAGUCGAGGAGCAUGCUCCUGGCGUGCCGAAAGUUCUUGUUGGUAACCGACUUCACUUGGAAUUUAAACGGGCGGUAAGCGUUGCCCAAGCCGAAGCGUAUGCCCAGAGACACGGUAUGGCUUUCUUUGAAAUCUCGCCGCUGUGCAACUAUAACGUAGCUGAGUCGCUGGCCGAGCUCACACGCCGGGCGCUUAGGAGAAACGGGAUGGAAAGGCUGUGGCGGACGAAUCGAGUUCUCUCACUCCAAGAGUUGUGUUGUCGCUCAAUCGUCUCGCAGACCUCAGUCUAUACUAUAGAUCGGCUUCCUCUACCACCAACGCUUCACUCGCAGCUGCGUUCCUACGCACUUAGCAGUGGCUGUGCCCGUCACCAUCCACACCACCCUAACCAUCAUCAUGAGAUGAAGAUGGCCAUCAAAAAGUCAAGACUCAGUCAUGUACACGCAAAACUCACCUGCGUCAUUUCAUGAUUUCUUUGUCGCUUUUUUAUUUUUCUAUUGUCAAUAGCUAUCCUGAAAGUUUUACCAGCUCUUCUUUUUGUUGAUGAUUUUUUGUGCCCUAAUUACGUCAAUCCUCUCAGCGUGUUGCUAAACGAAUUUUUCCUCGUAUCUUUUUCGUCCUCUUCAGAAGGGAAAAUACAAAGGAGCUUAGAAGGCGAAA